AUGGGUUACCAUGCAGACUGCAGACAUGGCCAAGUCCGAGAAAAAGACCGCACACAACCAGUCCCGCAAACGACAAAGAAAUGGCAUCAAGAACAGUCACAAAGAUACGAAUCUCUUAAGGGGGUCGACCCCAAGUUCCUGAAGAACAUGCACUUUGCCAAGAAGCAUAACAAGAAAGGCCUGAAGAAGAUGCAGGCAAUGAGUUCACGAGCAGAGGCCAUCAAGGCCCUUGUGAAGCCUAUGGCUGUGAAACCCAAGAUGCCACAGGGCCCCCACUACAAACUCAGCCAUCUGGCUUUCAUCACUCACCCCAAGCUUGGGAAGCAGAUUCGAAGCUAUAUGACCAAUGGUCAUAGGCUUUGCCAACCAAAGCUUGUUUGUUAUGCCCAAGUCUUGCGGACCCCAAAGACCAAGGAGCCAAUUCCAAUGCAAAUGCAGGAGGGUAUUUUUAUUACAAGCUUGAGCUCAGACCCACACCUUCACUGA